AUGAAGACCCUCUUGUGGAAUGUCAGGGGCUGCAAUGCCCCUGACAAGAUUCGCUUGAUCAAGCGAUGUCUUGAUCAAGUGAGGCCGGAUAUUCUUCUCUUACAAGAAACAAAGAUCAAAGAGGAGGAUUUUAGCUUAUUUUCUAGGAAAUUUCAAUCAUGGAAUUGUAGUCAAGUUAGAGCACAAGGCACUUCUGGAGGUCUAGCCAUUCUUUGGAAGGGGUCAGCUAUUGUUGUGAUUAUUGUUAGGGCCACUUGCUUGUGGCAAUGGCUGAAAGUUAUUUCAAUGCAAUUGCAGACAAGUUUCUUCCUCUUCAACAUUUAUGGACCGACCAACUCAAAUUUGAAAAAGCAACUGUGGAGUGAGUUAUCAGAUAUUUUGACAAAUGACAAGGAAAAUGUUUUCAUUCUAGGAGGAGAUUUCAAUGCUCUAAUCAGGCCUUCAGACAAGAAAGGGGGCAUGGGGUGGAAUAGGCAGAGUCAAAGAGAUUUCAGCUCCUUCGUCACAAGUUCAAGCCUAAUUGAAAUCCCUUUUAAAAUGGGAGAAUUUACAUGGACCAACAGGAGGAGUAUAUUCCUUAAUAUUGCUGAAAAAUUAGAUAGAUUUUUCAUAACUGGAGAUUGGUUGGAGAGUCACUGGACCAGCGAUGCGGAGAUCUUACCUUUUACGGGAUCAGAUCACUACCCAAUAUGCCUAAGGGUGCAAGAUGACAGUGCUCCAGAGAGGUGUCCCUUUAAAUUUGAGGCAAUGUGGCUUCAGGAUGGUAACAUAAAAAAUCUUAUAGGCCAAUGGUGGCAACACAAGCUGGAAAACCCAGGUAAUAAAGCUUUCACUUUUUUCAAAAAAAUUCAAUUUGUAAAAGAUCAACUUAAGCAAUGGAACAGAGUAACUUUUAGAAAUAUAUUCAAAGACAAGCUUAUUUUAGAAAAAGAUCUAAAAUCCUUACAUGAGCAAAUUAUUAACAAUGGAAUGGAUGAAGACCUAUAUAAACAGGAAAAAUCUCUCAAUAACCAAUAUGCGGAAGUGUUAGCUAGGGAGGAGACUUUUUGGAGACAAAAGUCAAGAGAAAACCGGUUGAAGGAGGGUGAUAGAAACACAAAAUUCUUUCAUACCUCAGUUAAAGUUAAAAGGGCUCACAACAAGAUCUUCUCAAUUAAGAACCAAGGUGGAAACACGCUCACAGACCAAAAGCAAAUAAAUCAGGCUGCAAUAGAUCAUUUUUUUGAGAUUUUCAAUAGGGUGGACAAUCAGGAAGGACAUAUGCCUCACAUUAUAGAGGUCAUUCCCCCAUGCAUAAUGGAGGAUCACAACAAAAGGUUAAUGGAGAUGGUUUCAUUGGAAGAGGUUAAAAAGGUUGUCUUCAGCUUAGGAGCAGACAAAUCCCCUAGGUCGGAUGGCUUUCCAGCUCUGUUCUUUCAAAAGUUUUGGGACAUCUUGGCGGAAGAUAUUCAUGGAGUUGUAGAGGAAUCUAGGAGGGGAGGCCUACCAGCUCUGAGAGAGCUGGAUGAUUUCACAGAGGCAAAGGAAGUGUUAGUUCAGUUAUGGGGUGAUAAAGUAAAGGACUACAUGCAGAGUUCUACAGGUGACCUAGGUAAAGAAUGGUAUUGGAAAGAUUUAUCUUCAACUGGCUUAUCUGCUCAGGAACAACAGAGACUUAGUAUUGUGUUGAACCAGAGGAAGGUUUUCCUCAUAGGUAAGGAAGACAAGGUGAUUUGGUGUGGGGCUAAGGAUGGUAAGUAUUCAGUCAAAUUGGGAUAUCAGCUGAUAGAAGGUAGAGAGGAGGCACCUUCAAAAACAUGGCCCCUUUUCUGGAGUAAAGAAUGCCUCCCAAAAGCUGGAGCCUUUGCUUGGUUGGCGACGAAAGGUAGAAUCUUAACAGGGGAAAGGAGGAAGAGGCUCGACUUGGAGGGACCUUCAAAGUGUGUAAUGUGCAAUCAGGCAAAAGAAUCAGUGGAUCAUUUGCUCUUAACUUGUGAAGUAGCACAAAAAUGUUGGUCUGAACUUCAGAAGAAUUUAAAUUGGCAGGGGCUGCUACAAUGCUCAAUUAGAGAGGUUUUUGAGAGCUGGCCAAAACACACAAGGAAGUCAACUCUCUGA